GCGGGGUGGACACCGGCCGCGCGCGUCUGGCGGCGGCGGGCGGUCGCGUGCGCCCGCAACGCGUGCGGUGACAGUUGCUGUGUCGACAUCAGAGAAGGAUGACACCCCUCGGCGUGGUCGCCCUAGUCGUGUGGGUGACGUCCUUGCUGUCAGUGGCAGCCACUGCCAAACAGAGAGCCUACUUCAACGUGACCGAGCUGAGAGUGCUGGAUAUGAUGCUGAAGAAUUACGACCGAAGAGCAACACCAACAUUUGAUGCAGAUACCCCCACCGAAGUGACAGUGGAGCUCUACAUACGAAGCUUCGGGUCUAUCAAUCCAUCAACGAUGGAUUACGAGGUGGACCUGUACCUGCGCCAGUACUGGACUGACCCGCGGCUCCGGCACAAGGACAUCACUACCCCGCUCGACCUCAACGACCCGAACUUGGUCAAGGCCAUCUGGAAGCCCGAGGUGUAUUUCCCCAACGCCAAGCACGGCGAGUUCCAGUUCGUCACCGUGCCCAACGUGCUUAUCCGCCUCAAUCCAGGGGGGAAGAUCUUCUACAUGCUGAGGUUGAAGCUGAUAUUCGCGUGCAUGAUGGAGGUGUCCAAGUUCCCACUCGACUUUCAAGUUUGCACCAUGGAAAUUGGCAGCUUUUCCAAGACGCUGUCGGAACUGGAGCUUCGCUGGAAGGCCGAGAAGCCUGUGGUGCUGUACGAGAGUCUCAAGAUGCCGCAGUUUGAGUUCGGCGGCGUGCAGACGUCGAUGUGUGAGCAGGAGCAGUCCUCCAGCAUCGGCGACUACAGCUGUCUACAAGCGGCGUUUACACUGCGCCGGUCGCUGGGGUUCCACCUAGUGCAGUCUUACCUGCCCACCAUCCUGAUCGUGAUGAUCUCCUGGGUCAGCUUCUGGAUGGACGUGGACUCGGUGCCGGGCCGCGUCACCCUCGGCAUCACCACCCUGCUCACCAUGACCACCAAGUCGUCCGGCAUCCAGGCCGAGGUGCCGCAGGUCUCCUACGUCAAGGCCAUAGACAUAUGGAUGGGUGUGUGCACGGGCUUCAUUUUCGCUGCUCUGCUUGAGUUCACCCUGGUCAACUAUCUCUGGAGGAAGCGCCCGACGCUUCAGGAGUUCCAGAACGCCAUCUCCAGGGAGCACGAGCACCAAGACCUGCACGACGAGAACAACUGGACCAAUGUCAAGAGCAAGACGAAGCACCACCCGCACCUGCUCUUCCACGAACUCCAGAAGACGGAAUCCAAGAAGCAGGCGCAGAAGAUCGACGAGAUCUCCCGGAUCAUCUUCCCGAUCGGUUUCCUGUGCUUCAACGUCGCGUACUGGCCUUACUACAUGCUAUGA